GCGUAGUAGCGGAAGUAGAAAAAGGAUCUCAUUUCCGUGGGACGUUUCUCGGGAUUGUCAGGUUUCGUUGCUGGUUAUAACCUCAAAUCGGUCCCGGGACACGUGCUUCUUCAAGCGGUCGAGUGCCUCCCCGAGGGGGAAUUAUUUAUUAGAAGACGGGGCGAACACUUUGUUUUUCUGGAACGCAGAUUGCAGUAAAUUAGAAAAAUGGUUUUAUACAAUUUUAAGAAAAUCGCGGUUGUGCCAACUGCAAAGGACUUCAUCGACAUAAUCUUGUCGAAAACGCAACGGAAGACGCCGACUGUCGUCCACAAGCAGUACAAGAUCACGAGGAUACGCGCAUUCUACACGCGGAAGGUGAAAUUCACGCAGCAGAAUUUUCACGACAGAUUGUCUCAGAUAAUACAGGAGUUUCCCAAGCUGGAUGACGUUCAUCCGUUCUACGCCGACUUGAUGAACGUCCUGUACGACAAGGACCAUUAUAAGCUAGCCCUUGGACAGAUAAAUACGGCCAGGCACUUGAUCGACAACGUAGCAAAGGAUUAUGUGCGUCUCUUGAAAUAUGGGGAUUCGUUGUAUCGGUGUAAGCAGCUGAAGAAAGCCGCCCUGGGCCGAAUGGCCACCAUCAUGAAGAGACAAGCGGCCAAUUUGACGUACCUUGAGCAAGUCCGUCAACACUUGGCUCGGCUGCCCAGUAUAGACCCUUACACGCGCACGAUAAUCAUAUGCGGCUUCCCGAACGUCGGCAAGAGCAGUUUUAUCAACAAAAUCACUCGGGCCGACGUCGAGGUUCAACCGUACGCGUUCACGACCAAGUCUCUGUUCGUGGGGCAUACCGACUACAAGUACUUGAGAUGGCAAGUGAUAGACACGCCUGGAAUAUUGGAUCACCCGCUGGAAGAGAGAAACGUCAUAGAAAUGCAGGCGGUGACUGCUCUCGCUCACCUGCGAGCCGCUGUGCUUUACUUCUGCGACCUGUCGGAGCAGUGCGGUCAUACCUUGGAGGAGCAGGUAAAACUUUUCGAGUCCAUAAAGCCCUUGUUCACGAACAAGCCUCUGAUAAUGGUCAUGAAUAAAAUGGAUAUUGUACGAUUGAACGAGUUACCGCCGGAGAAGAGGGCCGUUCUGAAGCCGCUCGAGAACGACGCGAAUGUGCCUGUGCUGGAAAUGAGCACCGUCACCGACUUCGGGGUGAUGGAAGUGAAAUUGGAGGCUUGCGAGCGACUGCUGGCCUUCAGAGUCGAUCAAAAGAUUAAGACCAAAAAGGUGGAAGGACUUCUUAACCAAUUGCACAUUGCUCAACCGAGGAGAGUGGAUCCUAAUCGCGUGCCGUGUAUACCGGAGAGCGUUCUGAAGAAGAGGCAGGCUGCCGCGGAGAAAAUCGCGAGAAAACGCAAAUUGGAGAGGGAGAUAGAGGAGGAAAUGGGAGACGAUUAUGUGCUUGAUUUGAAGAAGAAUUACGAUAUCGAGGGAGAGCAGAAAUAUGAUGUUAUCCCGGAGAUAUGGGAGGGUCAUAAUAUCGCGGAUUACAUAGAUCUAGACAUAUUUGAGAAAUUGAAUCAACUAGAAAGGGAGGAGCAGUUGAGGGAAGAGGCCGGCCUCUACGAUUACAAAGUGCCGGAAUUGUCGGAGACGAUGCGCGAGAUUGAGCAGCUGGCGAAGCAGAUUCGCGAGAAGAAGUUCGUCAUGAAGGACGAGGCGCGAUUAACGAAGGCUUCCACGAAGCCGGUUAUGCCGCGUACGACCGCGGCCAGGAACCGCGACCGAUCGGUCGCAAAGCUGAAGGAGGAAAUGGAAGAUCUAGGUGUGGAUAUGGGAGAUACCAAAAACGCGCACUUCAAACGAACGAGAGGACGGUCCAGAUCGCGGUCGGAACCUGCUAGCAAGCGGAUGCGCGUGGAAACGGCGUCACAGUCGCGUGCCCGCAGUGUCUCGAGACCGCCACGAGAUGAGAUGGGUGUUAAAAACAUGGCGAUGAAGACGAAGCUGAGCAAUAUAGCACACAAGGCACAGAAGAAGAAGAUAGCUAAGAAGGGUCUCAAGGGCGAGGGCGAUCGUUUUAUCGGCAAUAAGAUGCCGAAGCAUUUAUUCUCCGGCAAAAGAGGAAUCGGCAAAACGUCCAGAAGAUAAAGUUGUCAUUGAUAUUUUAUACGUUGCUCAUUUAUAUCGUAUAUACUUUUGUGUAUAUAAAAAGAAAUCGUCUCCUUUGUAAAUGUAACUUUCAAUCCAGAUUGUAUUCGAGGUGCUAUAUCGAACGUUUCAUUCAUCACGCUCGGAUAUUGUCGCUGACCGAUUUAUAUUUGAUUCAUGAUCGAUAAUACGAUUAUAGUUUGUGAAUGAAACUCGCGUUUCGCGCUGUUUACUAAAGGAGACGGCGAAGAUUUUCCAUUCCUCCGUCGUUAUCGGCUGCUAAAUAAAAAUCUUUGACAAUAGUA